GGCAAGUAUUUGACUUUCGAUUCCCUUGGCCUUCUCCAUUCAUCAAACUUACGUUUUUGUUCACAAUUUCCUCUCCAAAAUGCUGUCACUAUGCAAUCUACUCUCGAUGAUCGAUAGUUUACUCUAAUCUCAUAACUAUUUUGCUUCCCAAUUCUUACUGCACUUUAAGUUUCAUUAAUCACCGAUAUAUAAUCAAUUAAUUUUCCAAUCAUGGCAUAGAUCGAUUGAGUUUGACUAUCUCCAAUGGAAAUUUCAGGGCUUGGUUCAUAGAUUGUGCUGAUUAGGUUUUUAUUUCAUUUUCUUCAAUUUCUUAGUAGUUUUGACUUAAUCAAAUCAAUUUAGUUGGAUUUUGUGGUUUUUGCGAUUUUUAAUAUCGAUCGCGAUGAAGAUUGAGCAACUGGAUGAACCGAUCGAUUGUAGUCUUGAUACCAAUUGCAGUAAGAAUAGUGAAGAGGAUCAAGAAAGAAGGCUGAUUACAGUUCGGGUGGAUGCUAAAAGAGCUCUAGUCGGAGCUGGGGCUCGGAUCUUAUUCUACCCGACCCUUUUGUACAACGUCUUUCGCAAUAAGGUUCAAGCUGAAUUCAGAUGGUGGGAUCAGAUCGAUCAGUUUCUCUUGUUGGGAGCUGUUCCGUUUCCAAAGGAUGUGCCUCGGCUUAAGCAGCUUGGAGUUGGAGCUGUGAUUACUCUUAACGAGCCCUAUGAAACUUUGGUAUCGACAUCUUUGUACCAUGCUCAUGAGAUCGACCAUCUAGUGAUUCCAACUAGGGAUUAUCUCUUUGCUCCUUCAUUUGCUGAUAUCAACCGAGCGGUAGAUUUUAUCCAUGAGAAUUCUUGCAGCGGUCGAACAACAUAUGUCCACUGCAAAGCUGGGAGGGGACGAAGCACAACCAUUGUGCUCUGCUAUCUGGUUGAAUAUAAGAAUAUGAGCCCCGUUGCUGCGUUUGAAUAUGUUCGUGCUAGAAGACCCAGGGUUCUCUUAGCUCCUUCCCAAUGGAAGGCAGUCCAAGAAUAUAAGCAGCAGCGGAUGUCGUCUCGUUUUAUCUGUCCCUCGGGAGACGCUGUAAUUAUUACGAAAGCAGAUCUGGAAGGGUACCCUUUUAUCAAUGAUUCUGGUAAGGAGCUUGCAAUUGUGCCCAGAAUGCCGAGGACUAAUCCCAUGAUGGCUAGGUUGUCCUGCCUCUUCGCAUCUCUAAAAGUUUCAGGUGGUUGUGGAUUUGUCGCAAGGCAGAUGACAGAAGCACGGGCGUGCUGAUUCCCGACCCUUUUACAAUCUGCGAAUCGUACAGAGGAGCAUGGUGCUUGAAGUCGAAACACCCUUGUAUGUAUUUGUAAGGAAAAUAAGGAAUAACGACGGAGAUACUUUCAAGACUUCUUAAAUGUUGUAUAUAACUAGUAGUUCUGGUUGCGUAUAUUUGUAUGGGAUUUUGCUGUCCAUAUGCGAAAUGGAUAAGAUUUUAGCUUUUUUUUCUUGUUCAACAUUUCAGUUAUGGAGUCCACUUUUCCAGAA